CACCGACGGUAUUGUAAAGAACUAUAUUUUGAUUGUCACAUCCCCACUUUUGUUAUUUCCGACUCAGCUGUUUACAAUAACUGCGCUUAUUAUUUACGAGCUUCGGAGCAAAUUUUAUUAAAUAAAUAUAAAGCAUUUUCCAUAAUUUUAAAAAUGAAUUCAAAUGAGUGUGAAGAAUAUUCAGAAAAUGAAGAUGAUAAUAAGUUUAAUAUUAAAAUAAAUAUAUCCGAAGAUUUUGAUGAGUUACUGAAAGACUUUCCGGAGGUUUUGGAAUUUAUAACCAAGUUAAAAAAAUACAUCAAGUAUCAGGAUAAAAAAAUAACUAAAUUGCACAAUAAAUUAAUGAAUCAGAAAAAAGGACGAAAAUUCGGUAAAGAAUUUUUAGACAAAGAAGUACAGACGGAUUUUGGGGAUAAAUUAUCUGGAGAAGGUGUUGCUGAGUGGAGUGAAUCUAAUAUUAGUGAACAAGUUAAACAAGUAGCAGAAUCUACAUUGCAACAAAGUGGAUUUGUUUAUGAAGAAACUUCUGGACUUUAUUAUGAUUAUAAUACUGGAUAUUAUUAUGAUGCUGCAAAAGGACUUUACUACGACGGAAAUUCAGGAAUUUAUUACUACUAUGACAAUGAAACAAAAUCUUACAAGUAUCACAGCCAGUUAUCGACGGCAGAAGUUCCAGAUACGAAGAAAAAGGAGAAGCGGAAAAAAAAUAAGAAACACAAGGAUGUCGCUAAAAAGUCUAGAGAUACGCCGAUGGAUGAAGUUGUCGAAGAAGGCGAGUGUUCGGCUAGUGAGACCAGUUCUUCUACGGAAUCUUCUUCUGAAUCUACUGACAAUGAUGGCAAAUGUUGCAAAAAAUUACCCACCAUGCAUGCGGAUAAUCGUCAAGGAAACAAAUCUUCAGCAAGUCAAUAUGAAUUAAUAGACCUGGGCUCCCGGAACGGUACAUAUGUGAACGGAAAGCGCGUAUCAGUCGCGAAGCAGGAGUCAGAGCCAGUGGAGAUAGCUCAUGGAUCAAUCGUCCAGGUCGCCAGCACCAAGCUACUCUGUCAUGUUCAUAAUGGCCAUGAAACUUGCGGGCACUGUGAACCGGGGUUGAUUCAGCAGCCGGUUGACGAGUCGGGAAAUUCACGGAAGGUCCAUUCCCACAAGUCUGAGUUGAAGCGGCUGAAGAAUAAGUUUGGAGUUGAUAAGGACAAUACUGACAAAGCGAGCCAGGUUGCUAGAGGGUACCAGGACAGAGCUCAAGCGCGCAGGGAAAAAGUUGGAUCUUCUAAUCAGUAUGCUAAGACUCAGCAGAGUUCUGUGGACACGUCUAUUGCUAAAGACAAUAAAGGGUUCAAAUUGCUGUCGAAAAUGGGAUGGUCUGAAGGACAGUCGCUGGGUAAAGAUGGUGAUGGACGCACUGAACCGGUACAAAUGGUAAAUAAUAACGCGAAAAAAGGGCUAGGAAACACGGAUUUGCCUUCAAUUGAAAUGGAUGCGAGUGUCGAAAAGAAACAGGCCAUAUGGCGGAAAACUCGGCAACGUUACGACCAAACAUAA